UCCAUCAUCCGGCAAUGUUUAUGUUAUUUACUUUGGCAAUAUCAGUAUCAGUGAAUCAUUUUGUAAAGAGAUGUAAAUAAUUUGCUCCAAAAAUACCGUUUUGCGUCACGCAUCGAGGUGCAUAGUGUGGUAGCCACUCGACAGAACCGGGUCCCGAUGUCUUUCUGGCUGCAACCGAUGCGAUACAAACGGCGGAUCGUGUACGUGUUUCUGUUUCUUUCGGCCGCACUCUACGUCCUGUACAGCUGCAUUCCGGAUCCGCCGAUACACAACUGUUUCCAGAUCGUUCCCGGGGACAGCUUCGUCGCCGGGGAUAGCUUGGAAGAUGUGCAGCAGUCUAUGCCGCAGCCGACCGACGAUGGGCGUAACAUCUUCUUUCACGAAACAUCCUGCUUGAAGGAGGACGGUAUUGUGCGACUGAACGCCCGACAAGCCUGUGCAAUCGAGUCGGCUGCCCGGGCCAAUCCGGAGUGGAACGUGUAUGUACUGUUUGCAGCCCCGGUUGGCUUCCGGAACCGCACGACACAGCCAGUCCUUGACGCACUGCUCGAGUAUCGCAAUGUGCAUCUGCGCUACGUCAACUUGACCACAUACGCGAACGACACGCCGCUGGAAGAAUGGAUGGCGAGUGGGGAAAUCUUUCGCUCGCUGUACAUGAACUCGCAUCUGUCCGAUGUGAUGCGCUAUCUGACCCUGUACAAGUACGGUGGAACGUACCUUGAUCUGGAUGUGAUCGUGCAGCAAUCGUUUGAGAAGCUGGAACCGAACUAUGCCGGUGCCGAGUCGGUGCGAUGGGUUGCGGCCGGCGUGAUGAACUUCGAACCGAAAGGCCACGGUCAUGAGCUGGCGGAAAUGUGUGUUCGCGACCUGCUGGCCAACUUCAAUGGCAAGGACUGGGGCAACAAUGGCCCGGGGGUGGUAACGCGCGUACUGCAAAAGUACUGCCACACCCGGUCGACGGCUCACAUGACCCGGGAACGGUGCCGGCACUUUACCGUCUAUCCGAUCAGUGCAUUUUACGCGAUAGGGUACGAAGAUUAUCGGCAGUUUUUCGAGGAACAGUACCUGGAGCAUGCCCUCUACACGCUCAAUCAAUCGAUCGUGGUGCACGUGUGGAACAAGUUUAGUAAGAACCAUCCGGUGCGGGUUGGGUCACGGGUCGCUUACGGUGUGCUAGCCGAACGGCACUGUCCCAAAGUGUACCGUUCUUGCGGGACCAUCAAACAACUUAACGUGGCGGACAACACUGCUGAGAUACGACUACUCAAGCUUUUCUGCGUGAACACAAGUAAAAUGUUCUCGCAUAGAAAGUGUCGCUUUGUUCUUUAUAUCGUUGGUGCAUUCGUUUUUCUUCUGCUGGUACGUCGCAUUGGUGAUCACCAGUGGAGAAUUACGCCGCACAUUUACUCUCAAAUUGUCGAAGAAGAUUUGGAAUUUUGGGAAUCAUACGAAAACCGAUUUUCCGCCACAAAACAAUUACACCAACAGAAAAGUGAAUCCGUCACAGUUCCGUCUUCUACAUUGAAGCGUGUCGCCACGACUACCUCCGCACCAACAACUCCGAGUCCAUGGAUCGACACCUGUUUCAAGAUCUUCGGCAGUAAUGUCACUACCGGGUACAGCUUACACGGCAAACACAUACUGGAGGAUGUGCAGCAGUCCGUACCGCAGCCGACCGACGAUGGCCGUAACAUCUUCUUUCACGAAACAUCCUGCUUGAAGAAGGACGGUAUUGUGCGGCUGAAUGCCCGACAAGCCUGUGCAAUCGAGUCGGCUGCCCGGGCCAAUCCGGAGUGGAACGUGUAUGUACUGUUUGCAGCCCCGGUUGGCUUCCGGAACCGCACGACACAGCCAGUCCUUGACGCACUGCUCGAGUAUCCCAAUGUGCAUCUGCGCUACGUCAACUUGACCACAUACGCGAACGAAACACCGCUGGAAGAAUGGAUGGCGAGGGGGGAAAUAUUACGCUCACAGUACAUGAACUCGCAUCUGUCCGAUGUGAUGCGCUAUCUGACCCUCUACAAGUAUGGUGGAACGUACCUUGAUCUGGAUGUGAUCGUGCAACAGUCUUUUGAGAAGCUGGAACCGAACUAUGCCGGUGCCGAAUCGUUUGAUUUGAUUAAUUCCGCUGUAAUGAACUUGGAACCGAAAGGCCACGGUCAUGAGCUGGCGGAAAUGUGUGUUCGAGACCUACUGGCCAACUAUAAUGGUUAUCAAUGGGCUCAAAAUGGUCCAGGGGUAAUAACGCGCGUAUUGGUAAAGCACUGCCAUACCCAGUCGAUCACCAACAUGACCCAGCAUUGUUCCCAGCACUUUACCGUCUAUCCACCCAGCGCUUUUUACGCAAUUGCGUAUUGGAAUUAUAAACAGUUUUUUGAAGAACCGUACCUAAAGUCGGUCCUCGAUGCGCUCAAUCAAUCGAUCGUGGUGCACCUGUGGAACAAGCUGAGUAAAGACAAUCCGGUGUGGGUUGGGUCACGGGUCGCUUACGGUGUGCUAGCCGAACGGUACUGCCCCAAAGUGUACCGGUCUAGUGGACACGUUUUCCUUACACGGAAAAACAUACUGGAGGAUGUGCAGCAGUCCGUACCGCAACCGACUGACGAUGGCCGUAACAUCUUCUUUCACGAAACAUCCUGCAUGAAGAAGGACGGUAUUGUGCGGCUGAAUGCCCGACAAGCCUGUGCAAUCGAGUCGGCUGCCCGGGCCAAUCCGGAGUGGAACGUGUAUGUACUGUUUGCAGCCCCGGUUGGCUUCCGGAACCGCACGACACAGCCAGUCCUUGACGCACUGCUCGAGUAUCCCAAUGUGCAUCUGCGCUACGUCAACUUGACCACAUACGCGAACGAAACACCGCUGGAAGAAUGGAUGGCGAGGGGGGAAAUAUUACGCUCACAGUACAUGAACUCGCAUCUGUCCGAUGUGAUGCGCUAUCUGACCCUCUACAAGUAUGGUGGAACGUACCUUGAUCUGGAUGUGAUCGUGCAACAGUCUUUUGAGAAGCUGGAACCGAACUAUGCCGGUGCCGAAUCGUUUGAUUUGAUUAAUUCCGCUGUAAUGAACUUGGAACCGAAAGGCCACGGUCAUGAGCUGGCGGAAAUGUGUGUUCGAGACCUACUGGCCAACUAUAAUGGUUAUCAAUGGGCUCAAAAUGGUCCAGGGGUAAUAACGCGCGUAUUGUUUUUUGAAGAACCGUACCUAAAGUCGGUCCUCGAUGCGCUCAAUCAAUCGAUCGUGGUGCACCUGUGGAACAAGCUGAGUAAACAAUCCGGUGCGGGUUGGGUCACGGGUCGCUUACGCUGUGCUAGCCGAACGGCACUGUCCCAACGUGGUACAAUCAGCUCCUCCAAAAUGAUCUCACAUAAUUCGUUCCGCUACGUUCGAUAUGCUGUGUGUGCAUUAUUGCUGCUGCUGCUGUUUCGAUUGAUACGCGAUCGCCGCCCGAAACCGGCGUACAUUCCCGCCGACGUUGCUCAAGGAGAUCCGGGCUUUCUGACGUCCUACGACACCUCGAAAGACUUGCACGCGCACAGCAGCGUGUACUUUAUCGAAUCGUCCGCACCGUUCAAGCGCAUCAUCACGAUCGGACCGCGGCAGGCGUGCGCGAUCGAGUCGGCAGCACGUGCCAAUCCGCUCAAGAAGAUAAUCGUCCUGUUCGCCUCCUGGAACCCAAUAACGAACCCCAGCCAGGUACGGUUUCCCGAUCUGCCAACGUUGGCGGGGUUUGGAAACGUUCACUUCCGCUGGCUAGAUUUGAACCGGUUCGCGCAAGGUACACCGGUGGAGGCGGUGAUCCGAUCGGACCGGCUGCACGAACGGCCGAAUGGUGCCGAGUAUCUGUCGGAGAUAUUGCGCCUGGUGCUGCUGUACAAGUACGGUGGCAUCUACCUCGACCUCGACGUGGUGACGCUGAAAACGCUCGACUUUGUCAAUGCAAUUUUCGGCGCCGAAACGGAACGGCUUGUCGGAACGUCCGUAAUCGGACUAAGGCGGGGCGGGUUUGGGGAACUGUUUGCCGAGCGUUGUCUCAACAACUUCAAAUAUUUCGACGAACAAAAAAACAUCCGCAAUGGGUCCUUUCUACUCACCUACCAGGUCGUUCAGACGUGCGAAACACUCACCCUACAGGAGAUCCUUGACAGCGGCUGCCGCGGAAUGCUGCAGGUGCACCGGCGGAGUAUCCUUCAUCCCUUCGACGAAACCAACGUGGGCAUGAUGUUCGAUCCUAGCCGGCUGGAGGAAGCGAAGGACCGCCUUGCCCAUGCGAUGACCGUUCACAUGCUCCAUCGUACUAGCGGGAAGAUGCGAGUCGCUGGCGGCACAACGGGCUAUCAGUUGAUUGCCCAAAACUACUGUCCAAGGGUGUAUGAAGAAAAUAGCUUGAUUUUUAAAAAAGGAUAA